GCCCGCCCCGCGGCGCUGUCGCUCGCCCUGGAAGAAGCGGAAGAAGAUGGCGCUCACCAGCUUUUUACCUGCACCUACUCAGCUAUCUCAAGACCAGCUUGAGGCUGAAGAAAAAACAAGAUCUCGGAGGUCACGGCAGACCUCACUGGUCUCCUCCCGGAGAGAACCACCCCCAUACGGGUACCGAAAAGGCUGGAUACCUCGGUUGUUAGAGGAUUUUGGAGAUGGAGGUGCCUUUCCAGAAAUCCAUGUGGCCCAGUAUCCCCUGGAUAUGGGACGAAAGAAAAAAAUGUCAAAUGCACUGGCCAUUCAGGUGGAUCGAGGAAAAAUUAAAUAUGAUGCAAUUGCUCGACAAGGACAGUCAAAAGACAAGGUCAUUUAUAGCAAAUACACUGACCUGGUUCCAAAGGAGGUUAUGAAUGCAGAUGAUCCAGACCUACAAAGACCUGAUGAAGAAGCUAUUAAAGAGAUAACAGAAAAGACAAGGGUAGCCUUAGAGAAAUCAGUAAGCAAAAAGUUUGCCGCAGCCAUGCCAAUACCAGCAGCUGAUAAACUGGCUCCUGCUCAGUACAUCCGGUACACACCAUCUCAGCAAGGAGUAGCUUUCAACUCUGGAGCUAAACAGAGGGUUAUUCGAAUGGUAGAAAUGCAGAAAGAUCCAAUGGAACCUCCAAGGUUCAAGAUUAAUAAGAAAAUUCCCCGAGGACCACCUUCUCCUCCUGCGCCUGUCAUGCACUCUCCUAGUCGAAAGAUGACUGUAAAGGAACAACAAGAGUGGAAGAUUCCUCCUUGUAUUUCCAACUGGAAAAAUGCAAAGGGUUAUACAAUUCCAUUAGACAAACGUYUAGCUGCUGAUGGAAGAGGACUUCAGACAGUACACAUAAAUGAGAAUUUUGCCAAACUGGCUGAAGCGCUGUACAUUGCUGAUCGGAAGGCUCGUGAAGCUGUGGAAAUGCGUGCCCAAGUAGAGCGAAAGAUGGCUCAAAAAGAAAAGGAGAAACAUGAAGAGAAACUUAGAGAAAUGGCCCAAAAAGCCAGAGAGAGGAGAGCGGGGAUCAAAACUCAUGUGGAAAAAGAGGAUGGGGAGGCACGUGAGAGAGAUGAAAUCCGUCACGAUAGACGAAAAGAAAGACAGCAUGACCGGAAUCUUUCUAGGGCAGCUCCUGAUAAGAGGUCAAAGCUGCAGAGAAAUGAAAAUCGAGAUAUCAGUGAAGUCAUUGCUCUUGGUGUGCCCAAUCCUCGGAAUUCCAAUGAAGUGCAGUAUGACCAAAGGCUUUUCAACCAAUCCAAGGGUAUGGACAGUGGAUUCGCAGGUGGAGAAGAUGAAAUUUACAAUGUGUAUGAUCAAGCCUGGAGAGGUGGUAAAGAUAUGGCCCAGAGUAUUUAUAGACCCAGUAAAAAUCUGGACAAAGACAUGUAUGGUGAUGACCUAGAAGCCAGGAUAAAGACCAACAGAUUUGUUCCCGACAAGGAGUUUUCUGGUUCAGACCGUAGACAGAGAGGCCGAGAAGGACCAGUUCAGUUUGAAGAAGAUCCUUUUGGUUUGGACAAGUUUUUGGAAGAAGCCAAACAGCAUGGUGGCUCUAAAAGACCCUCAGAUAGCAGCCGCCCCAAGGAACAUGAACAUGAAGGCAAGAAGAGGAGGAAGGAGUAGACAUACCUCUCUUCAAAGUGAAUGAACUAUUACACAUAACCCUAAUGAUGCAAGUCAUGGGGGAACACUUUGUAAAUGGUCGGGAUAAAAACCAAACCUGGGUAUCAGAUCCCAGUGCUACUUUUUACUUCGGGCGAUGAGGGGACUAAAAAUUCUACUUUGAAUUAUUUA